AAGGGCAGGUCUGCAUAAGCAAAAGUGAGACUGCAGAAUCUCAGCCAACGACAGAGGAUGCCCCUGGAAUGAACCUAGUAACAGCGCAAAAUAUAUUUUGGAUCAAGAUGAAAAUAAUAGUAACAGUAGUUAUAUUACUCAUAUUACAUCUAUCAAACUGCUUUGCACAGUCAGGAGGAAGCUUUCUAAUAUAUAAUGUGGAUUAUAACAAAUGCAUGUCCAGCUCCCUGGACAAGCUUUCCACCUGUGACCCACACAGUAAUCCACAACAGUUUCGCUGGGCUUCAAAAAAUCGCAUUUUGAACACAUUCACAAAGAAAUGCCUUGGAGUAGGAAGUAAAACAGAGGGCAAAAAACUGCAGUGGCUGAUUUGUGAAGAUGACAAUGAUCUGCAGAAGUGGGAAUGCCACAGUGAUACAUUGCUUGGCCUGAAGAACGAGUCUCUGUAUCUGGCUGUUAAUGAUGAUGGUGUGCCAGUGAUCUCAAAAGACACUGGAACGAAAAGCAGAUGGACAAUUCAAGGAACACUAAACAAUAUUUGCUCUAAGACUUAUGAAGAAUUGUAUACCAUUGAUGGAAAUGCAUUUGGUCGCCCAUGUCAGUUUCCUUUUCUUUAUGAGAAAAAAUGGUAUGCAGAUUGUACCAAAACUGAUGAACACAAUCAACGUCUAUGGUGUUCUGUUGAGACAGACUACAGUGUUAAUCAGCUGUGGGGCUACUGCCCAACACGUGACAAUGCAUUCUGGGUCAAACAUCCUCUGACAAACGUCUAUUACCAAGUGAAUAGUGGGUCAGCCCUGACAUGGUACCAGGCUAGAAAGAGCUGCCAGCAGCAAGGAGCAGAGCUGCUGAGUGUCUCUGAACCUAACGAACACACCUUUGUAGCAGGAAUUGUUCAGAGUACUCCAAAUGCACUAUGGACGGGACUGAAUAAAUUAGAUGUAACCAGUGGAUGGCAAUGGAGCAAUGCCCAGCCAUUACGUUAUCUGAAAUGGCUCAGUGGAUACCCAACCACACAACCAGGCUACAGUUGUGGAGUCCUGAAAAAUGAUUUUGGUUCUGAAUGGUCAAAUGAACCUUGUUCUGAAAAACAUGGAUAUGUCUGCCAAAGAGGCCAUUCUGUUCCUAUUGUUCCACCAGUGGUGAACACUGGCUUUUGCCAUAGCCCCUGGAUUCCAUAUUCAAGCAACUGUUAUCUCCUUCAUCGCACCAAGAAAACAUGGCUAGAGGCACGAGACUCCUGUCUGCGGGAAGGAGGAGACCUGCUGAGUAUUCUCAGCAAAGAAGAGCAAAGCUUUGUCAUCACACAGCUUGGAUACUCGAAAACAGACGAGCUUUGGAUUGGUUUCAAUGACCGUAAAACACAGAUGCUGUUUGAGUGGAGUGACCAAUCUAGCGUUCCCUUUGCCUCAUGGGAGGUGAGUGAGCCGAGUCACAGUGCUGUCCGUGCAGAGGACUGCGUGUUAAUGAGAGGAGAGGAGGGAAAGUGGGCUGAUGAUAUUUGUGAAAAUAAGUAUGGAUUCAUCUGUAAGAAGAAGUCCAGCUCCAGAGCCUCGAAUAAUGAUACAGUUGUCACAAGCCCCGGAUGCAAAACAGGUUGGACCAGGUAUGGGUACUACUGCUACAUGGCAGGACCUGAGUCCAAGACCUUUGAAGAAGCAAAACAGAUGUGUGAGAAAGAUGAUUCUCAACUGGUUGAUAUUUCAUCCAGAGUAGAAAAUGCAUUCCUCGUUAGUGUAGUUGGAGCACGACCAGAGAAGUAUUUCUGGAUUGGGUUGUCUAAUCAGAAGGAUCUGCACACUUUUGAAUGGACCAACACUAAGAAAGUCUCAUUUACUCAUUUCAACGCUGGGAUGCCAGGAAGAAAACAAGGCUGUGUUGCCAUGACGACUGGAAUUGUUGCUGGGCUUUGGGAUGUGAUCAGCUGCUCAAAUAAGGCAAAAUACAUCUGCAAGCAGAAAGCUGAUGGACUAAUAACAACUCCAGCCCCACCAACCACACCUGCUAUAAGCUGUCCCGAAGAAUGGAUGCCACUUGUGUAUAGAGAUUUUUGUGUCAAGCAUUUUAAUGUACCUAUGAGCCAAAUGAAGACUUGGGAUGAAGCUCUUGACUUCUGCCAAGAGCUUGGUGGUGAUCUCCUGAGCAUCCAGCAUGAGGCUGAUAUUCCUUGGAAACAAGCAGGAGUGUAUCCAGCAUGGAUUGGUUACAGAAUGUACGAUCCCUCUGUGGGUUUUGUGUGGAGUGAUGGUUCUUCGUCAUCCUAUCAAAGCUGGGCUAGUGAUGAACCAAACAAUCUGAACAACAUUGAAAACUGUGUUGAAAUGAGAAUUUCAAUCUGGGACAGUGAUGGAACGUGGAAUGAUGUGAACUGUCAAGACAGAAAGGACUGGUAUUGUCAAAUCCGAAAAGGAAAGAUACCAAAGGAAGUAAAUAUUACAGGUCCAGUUUAUAAUGAAACAGAGGAUGGCUGGAUACUAUUCCGAGGUAGCCAGUACUAUGUGUCCCAGUACUCAUCACUUUCUAUGCACGAUGCUCGGACAUUCUGUAGGAAAUCACAUAGCGAUCUUGUGGUUAUCAAUGAUGAGGCUGAGCGGGUGUUCAUUUGGCAUCAGGCUAAGAAUUCGCACAAUGAAUUUAUCAUUGGUUUGACAGUUGAUCUGGAUGGAACUUACCAGUGGAUGGAUGGGUCCCCUGUAGUAUUUCAAGCUUGGGAAGAAAAUCAGCCUGCUUUUAAAAACAGUGAGGAAAGAUGUGUGAAGAUGACCACAUCUCAAGGACUCUGGGAAACUAUUAACUGUGGAGAUGAAUAUAAUUUUUUUUGUAAGCGAAGUGGGUCACCUACAGUAAACACCACAGUGGCCCCUACACAACAGCCUAAAGGAGGCUGUGCUCCUGAGUGGAAACACUUCAAAGGAAAAUGCUACAACGUGAAGGAAGAAUUGAAAACAUGGACAGAAGCGAGAGGAUACUGCAGAGAGCUUGGUGGAGAUCUGGCAUCUAUUCUGAAUAAACAACAACAAGCCUUUUUAAGCACAAUAAUUAGAGAGAAAACCACAGACUUAUGGAUUGGAUUCAGCAAUUUGGCAAACGGGAGGUUCAAGUGGACAGAUGGGAGUAAAGUUCAAUUCACAGAGUGGGCCAAUGGAGAACCUCGAACCUAUUGGCAUUCAUACCAUUGGACAAAAUAUCACCAUUCAGAUGAACAGGAAUGUGUUUUUAUGGGCAAGAGUUCAAGCUCUGAAUUUGGCAAGUGGGUGGCAACUGACUGUAAUUCUACUUACGGUUUUAUCUGCAGUCGUGAUGUUGAUCCUGGUAUUGCCCCAGUGCCGACUGAAAUUCCUAAAACCUUUGUCAAGCUUGGAAAUUCAUCUUUCAAAGUGAUUCAAGAGAACCUAACGUGGAGUGAUGCAAACCGUCGCUGUGAGGCAGAGGGGGCUCAUCUGGCCAGCAUUCGGGAUUUGAUAACACAAGCUUACCUCGAGUUGCAGGUCUAUAGGGCCAAACAGCCCAUGUGGAUCGGUCUCAGCAGUGUACAGACAAAAGGAUAUUUUAUAUGGGCAAAUAACUGGCCCAUGAAUAUGGAGAAAUGGGCAUCUUCUGAACCACGGCCCAACCGUCCUUGUGCAUACAUGGACACAGACGGAGGAUGGAAAACAACUCUCUGCAAUCAAACCUACUACAGUGUCUGUGAGCAAACAACAGAUAUUCUCCCGACUGUUCCACCACAGCAUCCUGGGCACUGCCCACAAGAAGAUGAUGACAGUCCAGUAAGGUGGAUACCUUACAAAGACAGUUGCUAUGCUUUUGUGAUGGAACUGAAAUCGUGGAGCAGAGCAUCUAGACUCUGUAUGACAUGGGGAGCAUCUCUUGUCAGCAUUAGGGAUGAAGAGGAACAGAAGUUUAUAGAGAACAACGUCAUGCUCAUGGACAGUUUCAAAAGCUUUUGGAUUGGACUUUUCCAGAACCAGAAAGGACACUGGUUAUGGUCAGACAAUACUGUGGUGGAUUACACUAACUGGGCAACUGUGAAUGAUUAUGAUGAAGACCAUGGAUAUCAUAAUUGGAAUCUUGACUGCGCAUUACUCUCUUCCAAAACAAAAAAAUGGAGACAAAAACAUUGUGAUUACUCUUCCUUUUCAUUUAUCUGCAAAACUGCCAAAGUUAUAAGUACAACCACUAAGUCCCCAGAAGAAGGUCCUGAGCCUCACAAGGUCAAUAAGGGUUUGGCUGUGUUCUUCACUAUUGCAGUGGUCAGCAUAUUGGGAGCUCUAGCUUUCAUGUACUACAGAAGUUCAAAAAGACAGUUAUUGCCUACAUUUGAAAAUCCCAUGUAUAAUAACAGAGAUGCUGCUUAUUCAGAUAGUAAAGAUGAUAAAACAUUGAUUGCCAACAUUGAGAUCGCUGAAUAGAACCCUGUUUUAUAAUGUCCCAUUACUUGUAGGCUAUGCAAGAGACGAUUAGCCAAUUAUUAUCAUGAAAUAGAAAAAAUAAAAAAUAAAUAAUGACAGGGCUCAUCAGAUUUAUUUUGCGAUAAUGGCUGUACAUUAUUCUGUUUACUACGCGGCUACUCACUAAAUAACUAUUCAUUUGAUUAGAAAAUAAUUUUUUUUUGUAAGAAGAAAUGUGCAGCAGUUUCAGAAUGGUGCACAUGACCAAUCCGAAUCAAAUAUUUCAAAGAAUCAUCUGGAAUCAGUGGUUUAAUAUGGCAUUGCCACUAUUUUUGUAAGGAUUUUUCAGGCUGUCUUUGAGUUUUUAAAAAGUCUUUGAAUAAGCUGAAUAAGAAUUGGCUCUAAAAAAAAAUAACACUUUGACAUAUGUGUUUGAUCAAACAACCAGUUACAGGCCAACUGUGCAGUGCAGUUUAAGCAUGGAAAAAUUGUCAUAUUUUUUGGAGUGCUGUGCCAAAAAACAGGAUAAGAUGAUGUGUUUAAGUUAGCUGACAUUGCAGCAUUUGGAGUAUGGGGACAGUGUUGGAACGCAAUUUAGAGUUUCCAUUUUUAGUUUCAGAAAAUGUUAUGCCCUCUUUGAAUUCAGUGGCAGUUUCAACCAUUAGGAAACACUUUACAGUAUGGUUUGUAUUAGUCAACAAUUGUGCAUUAACUAACAGUAAGCGAUGCAUUUCUUUGAGUAUUUAUUAAUAUUCAUUAAUGUUAGGUAAUAAAAAUACAAUAGUUAAUUGUUAGUUUGUGUUAGCUCACUUUUACAUGAUUAAAAUUAAAAGUUGAAAUUAACAUAAAUUAAUAAUUAAUAAUUAGUUAAUGUUGACUGAUAUGAACAAAUUGAACUUUAAACUGUAAAGUGUUACUAUAGUAAACAAUGAGGUAAAUGCACAAUGAGAACCACAUCUGGGAAAUCAAUGCAUGAAAACAUCAAAAGUGUGCAUUAUUUGUUUCGGAGAGCAUUUCAAAGACAAUAAACAGUCAGACCAACUGAAUACAGAGGGACAUCUAUAUUACAAUGCAGCAGUAUCUGUACUCAGUUUUAUCAAUCCAGUAUCUACAAAGGCAUUUAUGAGGUAUAUACAAAUACAUAGAAACAAUUUCCAAGCUAUAGUGUUGUCACAAACUAAUGCAUAGAGUACUCAGAAACAUAAAGGUAUCAAGUGUAAAUAAACAUCAUGGUUCCAGAUGCAUUAAGACUAUGAACAGAUUUGAGUGCUUAUAAUUUUGUCAUCUUCCUCUUUUUAUUUUUAACAAAACUGUAAAUUUUGGAAACAAAACAUUUACCAUGCUAUUGUAAUAAAAUAGGUAUUUUCUAAAUCAUUUUACCUAUUUCUCUCAGGACAUUUGUGUGUGCCUUUUUACGUUAUGAAAAAAGAAAUCAAUUCGAUAUACAUACUGUAAAUAUUUAAACAUGGAACAGAAUGAAACUGUUCAUUAAUAUUAAAAUUGUUCAUUUGAAAUAAUUUUGCAAGCAAACAACACAUACAGUAGUAUGGCUCGAGAUUUUACAUGACUAUGUUAUCUAGCUAAGCUCUUUGUCUUGAAACGUACUGAUGCUUUGUAUGAAAUUUACUGAAUAAAAUCUUAAAUGAUUUUUGUGAAUACAAAACCAAGCCAAACUAAACACUGAACUAUGUAUACAUUAAAGCUAACAUGAAAGUGAAGUAUGUAAAUAAAAAUUCUAUUUUU